AUGAGGAUUUGUGUUGGAGGUAAACCUAAGCCGAAAUUUGAGACGAUUUCCCGAAGAGACCAACUGAAAAUUUUUGGAUCAUAUGUUUUCGAGUGUCUCCCAAAGUAUGUAGAGAAAGUUCAAAUUACGCAUACAGACGAACUAGAGCUUCUUGUCGUUCCUGAUGGAAUACUUUGCGUUAUGCAAUUUCUAAAAGAUCAUCAUAAUAGUCAAUUUGAGGCUUUGAUGGAUGUAACUGCAAUCGAUGUUCCAAGCAGAGUCUACAGAUUUGAAGUUAUUUAUAAUUUAUUAUCAUUUCGAUAUAAUGCAAGAUGUAGAGUCAAGACGUAUACCGACGAACUGACCCCUCUGGAAUCUGUUACCGGUAUCUACAAAGGUGCAAAUUGGCCAGAGAGGGAGGUCUACGAUAUGUUUGGAAUAUUUUUCGCAAACCAUCCAGAUCUUAGACGGAUCCUUACCGACUACGGAUUCCAAGGAAAUCCUUUCAGAAAAGAUUUCCCAAUUAGCGGUUACGUUGAAGUCAGAUACGAUGAAGAAAAAAAACGGGUUGUUUGCGAACCGCUGGAAUUAGCUCAAGAGUUUAGACAAUUUGAUCUAAGUUUUCCAUGGGAACAAUUUAACAAGUACAGAAGUAAACAAGAACAAAACGAGAAAGUUCGAAAUGAACAUAAGAAGAGUUUGGAUAAAACUGAAGAAUGUAAAUAG